AUGGACCAAAUUGCUCCUUGCAUUCAUGAUGAGCUUGCCUGUUUGUUCAGAAAUAUAGAAGGGUUGUCAAAGGGAGGACAAAAGUUUGAAGGGUCUUGUAAAGUGCUAUCUAUGUGGUGGUGUGGUCACACUGAUGUGGAAUGUGCAAAUAACCACAUGAUAGAGUCUAAUGGGAGAGAAGAGUCAAUUAGUGCACAAUGGAGUGAUAGUGAUAGUGUUGAUUCCAAUAACUAUAUCACUUCAUCUUUUGAAGAGACAAAUAAUUUUGCCCUUGUUGGUUCUGUUCAUAACUCUAGCAUUGCUAGAGUUCAUGUAGUUAAGGAAGGAAAAUCUGAUUCAAAAAAUGAAUCUGUGUCUGGAGAUGAUAGGCAGGAUGACCAGUCAUACAGGAAACAGGAUGACCAGUCAUACCUGGGUAUGUGUGAAAAGUAUGAUGUCCUUUUUACUGAAACUUCCAAGCUUAAGGAAAGAAAUUUCCUACUUGAAAGGAAGAGUGAAAAGGAUUCAUUGAUUGUCAUUAAAAAUGACAUUUCAAACCAAUUGAAUGUGCUCAAGGAAAACAACUUGGUUUUCCAUGCCUCCAACAAGAAUUUGUUGACUCAGAUAAAUGAGGCAAAUGACAUGGUGAUCAAGCUUACCAUAGGGCUAAAAAGUUCAUAUGCCCCUCCUCAUUUGACCACAUUUGUCAAGGAGUCAAAUACAAAGUUUGAUGUUUUAGAGCCAACUAGGACUCAAAGAUUCAUUCCUACUUGUUACCAUUGUGGUGUGAAAGGUCAUAUUCGACCUAGGGUGUAA